UCUAGGGUCACAUGGUCGACAGUGGAUCAGUGGUACACAGUUGAUCACGCACACAGUUGAACCAUUUAUUCAUGUAAGAGUAAAACAAUAUUACAAACGUGUCUCGCUUGUGAACCCCCUUCCACUCCCGCAGUCGCUGCGCGGACGCGCUUAGUAGUAGACGCGGGAGCGCGACAUUUUGUUUAUCCGGAAUAAAAACGACCAAUCAGAAAUGCCGAGGAAUAAAGUAGAAAAAAGGAAGGUAGGAGCUCAUUCGCAUGAGCAAAUGCAGGAAGCCUUACAAGCAGUAAAAGAUGGGAAAAGUAUAAGGCAAGCUGCUACUGACCAUAAUAUUCCAUUCACAACGCUACAAAGAUACAAAACAAAAGAAAAAGAAACUCAGAAUCAGCUUCUACGAUUGACACCAAACUACGCGGUAAAUCAAGUUUUUUCCAGAGACCAAGAAGUAAUAUUAAAAGAUUAUUACAUUAAAUGCGCAAAUCUUUUCUAUGGUCUGUCUGUUAAUGAUUGUAGACAAGUAGCCUACGAAAUGGCCAAAAUAAAUGGUAUCAAAAUGCCAAAGACCUGGACAGAGAACCGAUUGGCUGGUAUAGAUUGGCUGAGGGGUUUCCGCCAAAGACAUCCGGAUUUGACACUACGUAAACCAGAAGCAUGCAGCUUAGCACGAGCAUCGGCUUUUAACCGGGAAACAGUAAAUCACUUUUACGAUAAUUUAGAGAAAGUAAUCCAGCGCCAUCCUGCAUUUGCUGAUGGGACUAGAAUUUAUAACUUAGACGAAACUGGUACCACCACUGUGCAAAAAACUCAACGAAUUAUUGCGCCAAAGGGCAGAAGAAAUCUUUGUAAAGUGACAAGCGGCGAGAAGGGAACACUUGUCACUACCUGCAACAUUAUAAGCGCUGGAGGACAGGCAGUUCCACCAGUCAUUGUCUUCCCAAGAAAAAAUACGAACCCUCGCAUGGCUGUUGGUACUCCACCUGGUUCACUGAUUCUAGCAAACCCAUCUGGAUGGAUGAACAGUGAACUGUUCCUCGAUGUAAUGAAGCAUUUCAUACGAAGAACGGGAACUUCGAAAGAAUACCCAUCAAUUUUGUUAAUGGACAAUCAUGAGUCUCAUCUUUCUAUUGAAGCCCUGGAUCUCGCCAAAGAGUCGGGUGUAAUUGUACUUACAUUGCACCCACAUACAUCAGCGCGUUUACAACCACUAGAUGUUGGUAUCCAUGGACCAUUCAAAACGUUUUAUUAUUCCGCCAUGAGUUCUUGGAUGUUACGAAAUCCUGGAUGCCCUAUAACUAUUUACGAUGUGGGAGCAUUAAUUGGCCAAGCUUUCGCAAAAUCUAUGACACCAUUAAACAUAACACAUGCUUUUAAAAAAACUGGAAUUUUUCCUUUCGAUCGUCAUGUUUUUAGUGAAGAGGACUUCGCGCCUAGCAGUGUUACUGACAGACCAGAAAAUGCACAACCUGAAAAUAAUUCUAGCGUUGAACUCGCAACCACAGACCAACAACAGAUUUUACAGCUAGAAGAUAACCCAUUGCAUCGUCGAAUAACCGACUCUCCAAGACCCUCCACUAGCACUGCUGAAGAAAUAUCGAGAGAUACAAUGAGUCCAUCUUUGCUAGAGAAUUUAAGUGGCACUGAGUAUUCAGAAAAACCUCCAGUACCAGUUUUUACCACUCCAGAGAAAUCUGUUUUAAAUGUUCCAUCUGAUCUUUCGCUUCUCCCUCUUGAUGGUUCUACAAGUCAACCUACUGUUAUACCAACUACCAAUAAUAUUACUGAAAUUAACUUAAGUGUUCCACCUAGAAUCAAGUCUCUCAUUACGCCAGAUCAGUUUCGGAAGCCACUUAAAGCACCUGCAAGAAAUGGAAAAAGGAAGCCACGAAAAUUAGGGAAAAGUCUUAUAGCCACAGACACACCAGAAAAAAACGCUAUUGCGAAACAAAAAGCAGCCAAAAGGAAGAAAGAAAUCAAAUGUAAAGGGAAAAAAGCAAUACGUCAAGUUCUGCAAAGUGACUCGGAAGAUGAAAUGGACAUAGUUUUGAACGACGAAACAGAUGAUGAAGGAGACUGGAUAGAAACUGAGGAAGAACAUAAUAUAACAGAUGAUUUAUUGAAAAGACCACUUGUACGAUUACCAAACGAAGGAGAAUAUAUAUUGGUGCAAUUUUGUUCGAAAAACCAAAAAAUAUAUUUCGUUGGCAAAGUUCUCGAAGAACGAAAUAUCAGUUCUUCAGACUUAUAUGUGUCUUUCUUAAGGUACAAAAAGGGCAAGUUUGUUAUGCCUAAUGUCCCAGAUUUAUCAUAUGUGAAAGAUGAAGACGUUAGAUUUAUUUUGCCCAAGCCCACCGUUAGUGGAAGUACUAGUAGACAACAAUCUUACUAUGUAUUCCCUGUAGAUUUAAGUCAAAUUAACAUCCGUUAAUCUUUUUAAAUUUCUAUUUUUUAUUAUUCUUUAAUUAAGAUAGUUAUUUUAUUAAUUACGAAAGAGAAUGUUUAAGACUGAGACCAAAAUGCCAUAUAAAGAUAGAAUUGUUUUUAUUUUUCAAAUCUUAAUAUCUAAGUAAUGAGUAGGUAUAAAAUGAUUAUAUUUUUUAUUUUCUAAUCUUUUUAAUUAUUCAAACUAGUUACUUAAAUGUUAUAGCUAACGUUAUUGUGCUUUAUUGAAUAAAGACUGAAAAAAUACUAAGUUCCUUUAAAUUUCUAAGAAAAAAAUGUUUUGUUGUCACUAGUUGUGAUUAGUCUUUAAAUAAACAUCCAGUUGAUUAUAUGCAUAGAUUUUUAUUAUUUUCCGUUCAGAUUUUCUUCGAUCCACUGUUAACCAGGGUGCGAUCCACUGUAAACCAGGGGGAGUACACAGUGAAUCAAAACCCA